UUCGCGGAUAACGGACCGCGGCCCUCAUCACCACGACGAGGUUUUAAUUAAAACAACUGUCAAAUUUUUCAUAUUAAAACGUCACGCGGUGAUCGGUUUUUUGGCGCGAAUUCGUGUGUUCCUUUUUUUUUUUUUUCGUUAUAAUGCGUCAGUGUCUGUGAUCGCACUGUGAAGUUUUGGUUCCAAAGAGGUUUAAUAAGUGAGUUCACUGUCUGGAUUAUAUUUGAGAUGGCGUAAGGAUCCCAACAAAAUGGCGGCCGUCACCGCACAUCUGGAUCAGAUCAAGAUCCAGGAUCCUAGCGACGAGGAUCCAGAGCCGUACUCCCCAAACACCAGAGACACGACCAGCCCCGACUACGAGGAGAAAGACAGACCAGUACAUUCAUCCUCGUUCUCCAUCCACAACGUCCUAAAGAAAGAAAGAGAUAGCCCGGAGAAUGUGUUCUCCACUGACAAACUGCUGCAGAAUACGCCUAAUUUCGAGGAAGGUUCGAGAAAUUCCAGUAUUAGUCCAAGGUUGGACGAUGAUCACGAGAGAGCUGAUAUCAGUGUUGACGACUCCUGCUGCAGUGACGACACCGUGUUGUCGGUUGGCAACGAAGCGCCUGUGUUCGACAAAGCACCAGAGGCCCAAGGAAUAACCACCUUCAAACACAUUCAGACCCACCUAAAUGCUAUAUCCCAGUUAAGCCACAACCUAACUAUGAACCAGCCCCUCCUUCUGCGACCGAAUCCGAUAGCACCAAACCCAUUGAUGUUCCUCAACCAGCCGAUGAUGUUCCAAAACCCUCUGAUGAAUCACGAGCUCAAAGCCAAUGUACCUCGAAUGCCGAUAGCCCAGAACAGCCUGAACAUGAGCCAGUUCAAUAUAAACUUCGGGAGCAAGUCCCACAAGAGCGACGAAAACCGACACCAAAAUCAGAACUACUCUCCAAAAUCUCCAGACAAUGAAUCGGAGAGGGACUUCAUAAACCAGAGCUGUCUGAAAUUCAGUAUAGACAACAUCCUGAAAGCUGACUUCGGCAGGCGGAUCACGGAUCCUCUGACCAAGCGAAAAACUUCGAAAGCGAGGCAGUACGAGAAGACCAGCCCCGUGAAGGAAGUGACUCCGGUGAAAGAAGUGGAGGCGAGGGUCCCGGAAGUAAAGCCAGCUGAUAAGGGCGCGAUAGACCUCUCAAAAGCCGAUGACAGUGGAAGCAACGCUUCAUCCACUCCCGGUACGACUGGUGAAGGUCCCAUGGUGUGGCCGGCCUGGGUGUACUGCACCAGAUAUAGCGACAGACCGAGUUCCGGACGAAGUAAGUACGGGUCGAGGUCUGGGCAGCAAAGUCCUCGUACGAGACGACCUAAGAAGCCACCCGGAGAAGGAUGCUCGUCUGAUGAGAAGAGACCCAGAACCGCCUUCUCCGGCCCACAGCUCGCUAGACUCAAGCACGAGUUCGCGGAGAACCGCUACCUGACGGAGAGGAGGAGGCAGGCGCUGGCCGCGGAGCUGGGGCUGGCGGAGGCUCAGAUCAAGAUCUGGUUCCAGAACAAGAGGGCCAAGAUCAAGAAGGCCUCGGGCCAGAGGAACCCGCUGGCGCUGCAGCUCAUGGCGCAGGGGCUGUACAACCACAGCACCAUACCGUUGACGAAGGAGGAGGAGGAGUUAGAAAUGAAGGCCAGGGAGAGGGAGCAGAGGAAUUGAGAGGAAUCCGGAGGAAGAUCAUAACAAAGAUAUUUUCAAUAGCUGUCCGCACUUGACAUAAAAGUGACAAAGUACAUAGGUACAUAGAUAUAGACGGACAUUUAAUUAAAUAUAUUAAUGUAUAAACAUCGGCUGAACCUAAAUCGGUGUAACUUUGUUCGAGGCUAAACCCUGUAAAUAUUCCGAUAGGAAUCCGCUUGAAGUUUCUAUCGGAAUGUAAAAAAAAAAUGCGUGUGUUUCUUUUUUUUGUAAUUUAUAAGAGAUCUUGCCAUUUAAUGUAAAAUAAUAGUAGUAUUGUAAAUAUUGUAAGUUAGUUAAGUUAUUUAUUGUGCAAUGUAGCUGUAUCUAAAUAUAUUGACAAUGUUUUUGAGAAUAUAAAAACUAUCAACUUGAAAGUAUUGUUAAUAACCCUUACCACGAGUUUAAAAACAACUAGAUACGGAUAGUUUCACGUUCUUCAUUUAUAUGUUCUGUCAUGAUAGCAGGUAUAAGGUGUUAAUGAUAUGGAAACUAUCCGUAUUUAGUUGGCGGAAAGGACUAAUGGUAAGCAUAUUGAAUUAGUUAAAAACCAUUAAAAAGAAUUAGAAAUAUAUA